GCGAUGAAAGAAAACAAUUGACAGGGUAAAAGGAAAACACAUGAAAAACAAAACAAGGGAAAUUUUUGUUGUUUGUUUUGAAUUUCUUUAAAACUUGUAAAAUAAUUGCUUGAUGGAGGAAUUUAAAAAGCCAAGUUUUCCUUCCAAAAUAUUUUCAAAAUCAUCCUCAAUUGAAGAAGAGCCUAAAGAACAAAAUAUACCGGGGAUUUCGCAUACGAACACAUCUUUGAAAUUAGUAAAGGAAAAAAUAGUGUUGUCUGUAAGAAAUGCCAUCAAUUUGAAUUGCAAUGAAAUUGAAUGUUCUUACCGAGAGCCCAAGUGGUCAGGAAAACCAUUGAAUCAGGAUGAUGAAUAUAAGUUUGAAAUUAUUAAAUGUGGUACAAUACUUGAAGAAAUAAGAAACCUUCAAACAAGGAGAUAUUGGGUUAUAGGACGACUCGAACAAAACGAUAUCGCAAUGGCACACCCUACCAUAUCACGCUUUCAUGCAGUCUUUCAAUUUCGGAUAAAUAUUCAAAACGCGAAUGAAAAUGACAAAAUCGAUUCUGGGUGGUAUAUUUAUGAUUUGGGAAGUACACAUGGUACAUUUUUAAAUAAAAUGAGAGUGCCACCAAAAACAUAUAUACGAGUGCGGGUUGGACAUAUAUUAAAAUUUGGAGCCAGUUUACGAUCAUACAUUUUGCAAGGCCCAGCAUAUGAUGAAGAAGCAGAAUCUGAGUUUACUGUAACCGAGUUGAAGGAGAAAAAAAAGCAUGAAGAUGAGUUAAAGGCAAACGAAGAGCAAAUGCAAGAGGAGCAAAGAGAAAAAGAAGGAAUUUCAUGGGGCAUGACAGAGGACGCAGAUGAGGAAACAGAUUUAAGUAUAAAUCCAUAUGCGACAACAAAUAAUGAAGAACUAUUCUUUGAUGAUCCAAAAAAAACAUUAAGAGGAUUUUUUGAAAGGGAAGGGGUAAAUCUUGAUUAUAAGUGCGAUGAAAUGUCACCUGGAACAUUUGUAUGUCGUAUCGAUCUUCCAAUUGAUGAUGCAAAUGGCAAGCAAAUUACGGCUGAAGUAUGUCAUAAAGGUAAAAAAAAGGAAUGUGUUGCACAAUGUGCUCUAGAAGCUUGUCGUAUCUUAGAUCGUUAUGGAGUUUUACGUCAAUCACAUCAUGAACCGUUGAAAAGAAGAGCUUUAGAAGCAGAUUCGGAUGGUGAGGAUGAUUUUCUUGAUCGCACGGGUGAUAUACAAAGGAAAAAAAUGAAAAAGACAGCAGCAGGGAAAACUAUUACUUUGACAUAUGAUGAUUUAAUAAAGCAAGAAGGGGAAUUUAAUCUUAAACUAAAGGAAAUAGAAAGCGAAAUAGCUUUAUAUCACGAAAAUUGUAAAAAAUCAAAAGAAGCGAAAGCGGAAUCGGAUGAUGACCUGGAUAACUACAUGGAAAACUUAGCUAAAAAAUAUCAUAUGGUUGAUAAAACAGAAAUAAGAAGACUUCGGGUGGAAGAACAGAGACUAAAAUUAGAAAUACAGAAAGUUAAACAACUGAUUAAAAUAGCAAAACCGUUGGACUUACCGGCUUUGAGUAAUUCUUGCAAAAAUGAAAUAUCUAACAAUCGAAAAACUAGUUCAUUGCCUUUGUUUGGAAAACGAAAUAAAUUUAAAUUUGUAAUUGAAAAGAAUUCAUCUGUAGAUGACCACUUGAAUAUGCCGCCAAGAGAAUUGAAAUCCGACGAGGAAGAAUUUGAUGAAGAUGAAAAUUUGAAUAAUAUAAAAGAAGAAAAGAAUUUAAACGGCGGAGAAAAGAAAAUAUUUAGUAAUAAUGAAAAUUUUGACUUUUAUAAAACUAAAAGUAAAACUCUUAACAAUAGUAACAAUAAUAGUAACAACGAACAUGAUGAAAAAUUGAAUUCAAGAUUAUAUGGACCUUCUUCUACACCUGGGAUCCAAGAAAUGCUGGGACUAAAUAGAACCAUAAAUCAGUUCGAAGAGUAUUCAAAAAUGGAAAAAUCAAGUGAUGAGAUUUCAAAUAACGUUUAUAAAAAAAUGAGUACGGAGCAGGAACUUAUUCCGGAAUUUAUUUCAAAAAUAAAGAAGCAAAAUGAAAAAGGAACUACAAUAAAAACUUUUGAUGAUUUGCAGACAACAAAUAGUAAUCAAACAAUUAAACGGCCAAAGAAUAGAAUGGGAAAUCGGCUACGUCGGGAAAAUGUGGAUAUAGACGAUUACGAAGAGUUUGUUGACGCACAAAAACAUUCUGAUUGGGUUCCACCUAAAAAUCAAAGUGGCGAUGGUCGAACUUCUUUAAAUGACAGAUUUGGUUAUUAAAUAAAAGAUUAAUUUCUGCAAAAUUUUCUAUUUUGCUGUUUAUAUUUUGUAUUAUUUAAAUUAAAUAAGUUUGCAAAUUCAUGUAGUUUUUAUGAAAAAAAAAUUGUUUUUAAUUAUGUUUUAUAACUCAGCAAAUAUACAAUAAAUGCAAUGA